AUGGUUCACCAACACGGCGACGAACACGAUAUCCCCCAGGAACAUCGUACUCAGAAUCAUGGCGCCUGGCUUCCAGCAGACCAUCGUGUCCAACACGAAUGGCUCAAGACGCAAAUCGAACACGUCGACAAAGCUCCUCAAAAAGAGCUAAUUCCCGUUCUUCAAGAUUUCAAGAAACUUAUCGAAGGAAACUCACGUAUCUACAUGUACUUCAACCAAAUGUGGGAUGAGAUACCGCUCAAGAAGCCGUAUUACAAAGAUCCGACUGGUACCAAGAGGCAGAUCCGAGACUACCGGCACAUGCUAGCCGUGCUCAACCACAUCUUCACGCAAGCUCCUCUGUGGACUGAUGCUGCAUUCGGCGUUGGCAUGGUCGGAGUCCCCAUGGUGGGUAUCUUCGACUACGUGAUGGCCACACCUAGUGGUCACGCCGCUUUCUUAGAUCCAGAGGUCAAUAAGAUGAUGAAGAAGAUCCUGAAUGAAUGGGGCAAGUUCUUAAAGACACCGAAAUCAGCCGAAGUGCUCGCCUCCCAUAAACAGGGCUGGUUCUCCGAGCACGGCCUCAAAGACUUGAUGGAGGUAGCCAACGCACCGCUGAAGACGUCGCACAGGUUCGAGGAUAUGUAUAUCUGCGAUCCUUCAGCUAAACACUACGGCUACACUUCUUGGGACGACUUCUUCACGCGACAGCUGCGCGAGGAUGCACGGCCCGUAGCCUCACCGGAUAACGACGACGUAGUAGCCAACGCAUGCGAGUCUAAAGUGUACAACGUAGAGAGACACGCCAAGCUGCGCGACCGCUUCUGGAUCAAGAGCCAGCCGUACUCGGUUCUCGACAUGCUGGGCCACGAUCCUCUAGCCGCACAGUUCGACGGUGCAACAGUGUACCAAGCCUUCCUAUCAGCACUGUCGUACCACCGUUGGCACGCUCCUGUCUCAGGCCGUAUCGUACGCGCCUUUGUGAAGGAUGGAACUUACUUCAGCGAACCGCUGUUCGAAGGCCCAGCAGGUGGUUAUGCCGAGGGCGAACACAGCACACAACGCUCUGGCGAAAUCGACACGCGCGGCAUCAGCGUGGCGCAGGGAUACCUGACGGCGCUGGCGACGCGCGCUGUCAUCUUUAUCCAAGCAGACAAUCCAGCAAUCGGACUGAUGGCGUUUGUAGGCGUGGGUAUGGACGAGGUCAGCACGUGCGAGAUCACGGUAGGCCAGGGACAGCAUGUACAAAAGGGCGAUCAGAUCGGUAUGUUCCAUUUCGGCGGCUCAUCACACUGCCUGCUGUUCCGUGCCGGGGUGCCGGUUGAUGGGUUUCCAACUCCGAGCCGGAAGGAAAAUGUGCCCGUGAAGAGCCAGGUAGCGGUUAUAAAGCGGAAGUAA